CCUCCCUUUCCUCCCCAGGAGGUGAAGGUCCAGUUGGGCCAGAACCCUGGGGUGCUGCAGGUGCGAUGGAAACCCCCCAUUCUCACCCCCACUGGAACCUCCAACGGAGCCAACGUGAUUGGCUAUGCCGUGUGCACAAAGGGACAAAAGGUGCAUUAGAAUGAUGUAUUAUGCAGAACCUCAUGUUUAAUGCUGUGAAAGGGAGUGAGUGGUGUAAAGCCAACCCUCAAUGCUUUGAUUUGUGUGUAACACUCUACCGCCGUCUGCUGGAGAGUGGUGAGGUAACAGUGAUGUUCAGUCCAUGGUUUCUGUAGGGCUUAUGUAAUGCAGUUGUUUGAAAACAGGUUUACCAGGCCCCAUUUUGCCUGAAAUUCAGAAAUAAUAUAUUGUGUUUGUUACUUAAGACAUGUGAAUUGAAGUGUGUUGUCCCUGUACCUGUGUGUGUCCAGAUAGCGGAGGUGAUGUACCCAACAGCAGACUAUGUGACAGUGGAGCUGAAUAGGAUCCAGUGUCUGGAGGCCAGGGAGGUCAUUGUCAGGACGUUAUCAGCACAAGGAGAGUCUCAGGACUCCCCCGUGGCCACAAUACCGCACAAUAUCCUGGGGCCUCCCCAUCACUCACCCCACCACCACUCCCCUGCACAUCUCCAACCUAUGCCUCAACCCCAGCACCAUCAGCCACACACACAAACACACCCGCCCUACCCCCAGACCUACCCCCCGUCCCACCCCCAACCUCAGGUCCACCCUCUGCCUCAAUCCCAGCCCCACACCCUGCCUCAUGGUCAGCCUCUGCGCCACCCACCCCCUCACCCCCAGCCCCAACACCAGCCCUACCCCAUGUCUAAGCCCAAUUUAGUAAGUGCCAGAGAGUCAGAAACCAAAGAGUAUGAGGCGGGCCUGCGGCCUGGCCCGCCCUGGGAGCGAUCCCCAUCGCCCCUCCCUCCUACCAUGCGUGGACACACUCUGGAGCCGCCCCACUUCCAGGGGCGCCGUUCACCCUCUCCACAGAGGAUCCUACCCCAGCCUCAGGGAGCCCCCAUCCCCAACACCAUCGCCAAGGCCAUGGCCAGGGAAGCUGCACAGAGAGUGUUCGCUGAGAGCAACCGGGUAAGCAGCCACUUCAGAUUUACCUAAGACAUGAUUACACACAGCACAGCGCAAACAGAGCUUGAUUUGUGUACCAAGUGCCUCAUAGACUCUCAGGGUACUAUUGAGUCAACACUAUAGAAAACUAAUAUCAUGUACAGUUGAAGUCGGAAGUUUACAUACAGUUGAAGUCGGAAGUUUACAUACACUUAGGUUGGAGUCAUUAAAACUCGUUUUUCAACCACUCCACAAAUGUCUUGUUAACAAACUAUAGUUUUGGCAAGUCGGUUAGGAUAUCUACUUUGUGCAUGACACAAGUAAUUUUUCCAACAAUUGUUUACAGACAGAUUAUUUCACUUAUAAUUCACUGUAUCACAAUUCCAGUGGGUCAGAAUUUUACAUUCACUAAGUUGACUGUGCCUUUAAACAGCUUGGAAAUUCCAGAAAAUGAUGUCAUGGCUUUAGAAGCUUCUGAUAGGCUAAUUGACAUCAUUUGAGUCAAUUGGAGGUGUACCUGUGGAUGUAUUUCAAGGCCUACCUUCAAACUCAGUGCCUCUUUGCUUGACAUCAUGGGAAAAUCAAAAGAAAUCAGCGAAGACCUCAGAAAAAAAAUUGUAGACCUCCACAAGUCUGGUUCAUCCUUGACAGCAAUUUCCAAACGGCUGAAUGUACCAUGUUCAUCUGUACAAACAAUAGUACGCAAGUAUAAACACCAUGGGACCACACAGCUGUCAUACCGCUCAGGAAGGAGACGCGUUCUGUCUCCUAGAGAUGAUCGUACUUUGGUGCGUAAUGUGCAAGUCAAUCCCAGAACAACAGCAAAGGACCUUGUGAAGAUGCUGGAGGAAACAGGUCCAAAAGUAUUUAUAUCCACAGUAAAACAUGUCCUAUAUCGACAUAACCUCAAAGGCCACUUAGCAAGGAAGAAGCCACGGCUCCAAAACUGCCAUAAAAAAGCCAGACUACGGUUUGCAACUGCACAUGGGGACAAAGAUCGUACCUUUUGGAGAAAUGUUCUCUGGUCUGAUGAAACAAAAAUAGAACUGUUUGGCCAUAAUGACCAUUGUUAUGUUUGGAGGAAAAGGGGGGAUGCUUGCAAGCCAAAGAACACCAUCCCAACCGUGAAGCACGGGGUGGCAGCAUCAUGCUGUGGGGGUGCUUUGCUGCAGGAGGGACUGGUGCACUUCACAAAAUAGAUGGCAUUAUGAGGAAGGAAAAUUAUGUGGAUAUAUUGAAGCAACAUCUCAAGACAUCAGUCAGGAAGUUAAAGCUUGGUCGCAAAUGGGUCUUCCAAAUGGACAAUGACCACAAGCAUACUUCCAAAGUUGUGGCAAAAUGGCUUAAGGACAACAAAGUCAAGGUAUUGGAGUGGCCAUCACAAAGCCCUGACCUCAAUCCUAUAGAACAUUUGUGGGCAGAACUGAAAAAGUGUGUGCGAGCAAGGAGGCUUACAAACCUGACUCAGUUACACCAGCUCUGUCAGGAGGAAUGGGACAAAAUUCACCCAACUUAUUGUGGGAAGAUUGUGGAAGGCUACCAGAAAUGUUUGACCCAAGUUAAACAAUUUAAAGGCAAUGCUACCAAAUACUAAUUGAGUGUAUGUAAACUUCUGACCCACUGGGAAUGUGAUGAAAGAAAUAAAAGCUGAAAUAAAUAAUUCUCUCUACUAUUAUUCUGACAUUUCACAUUCUUAAAAUAAAGUGGUGAUCCUAACUGACCUAAGACAGGGAAUUUUUACUAGGAUUAAAUGUCAGGAAUUGUGAAAAACUGAGUUUAAAUGUAUUUGGCUAAGGUGUAUGUAAACUUCCGACUUCAACUGUAUCAUUGUGAUAGUGUGAUGCAUUUGCAGCUAUAUACAUGCAUGGGGUUUGCUUGUCUGUGUUUUCCUGUGUCAGAUGGAGAAGAGGAAUAUCUUCAGUGAGCGGAGCGUGAACUCUGAUGAGGAGGAGGAUGGUUAUGACUCUCCCCACACCAGGAGGAGAGGGGCCUCUGUGGACGAGUUCCUCAGAGGCUCUGAACUGGGGAGACAUGUACGGGUAAUACAAAACAACAACCCUGUCACAUCUUAAUUACAGAAUAACACAGUUUGUUUGCGUCCCCAUCAUCGCUCUGGGAAAAAUGAAGAAAAAUGAAUGUAUUUUAUAUUCCAUUCUAUUCUAUUCUAUUCUACUCUACUCUAUGUGUGACAAAGACAAAUUAAUAAAGGCCUUAUAAGUGUUAAAAUAAGAUAUGAUUGUAACCUGUAACUCCAUGUUAAAUCAAAUCAAAUCAAAUGUUAUUUGUCACAUGUGCCGAAUACAACAGGUGUAGACCUUACCGUGAAAUGCCUACUUACAAGCCCUUAACCAACAAUGCAGUUUUAAGAAAAAUAAGAGUUAAGAAAAUAUUUACUAAAUAAACUAAAGUAAAAAAAAAAAAAAAAAAAGUUACAAUAAAAUAACAAUAACGAGGCUAUAAACAGGGGGUACUGGUACUGAGUCAAUAUGCGGGGUUACAGGUUAGUCGAGGUAAUUGAGGUAAUAUGUACAUGUAGGUAGUGGUAAAGUGACUAUGCAUUGAUAAUAAACAGCGAGUAGCAGCAGCGUAAAAAAAGGGUGGGUCAAUGCAAAUAGUCCGUGUAGCCAUUUGAUUAGCUGUUCAGCAGUCUUAUGGCUUGGGGGUAGAAGCUGUUAAGAAGCCUUUUGGACCUAGACUUGGCGCACCGGUACCGCUUGCCGUGCAGUACCAGAGAGAACAGUCUAUGACUAGGGUGGCUGGAGUCUUUGGCAAUUUGUAGGGCCUUCCUCUGACACCGCCUGGUAUAGAGGUCCUGGAUGGCAGGAAGCUUGGCCCAAGUGAUAUACUGGGCUGUACGCACUACCCUCUGUAGCGCCUUGCGGUUGGAGGCAGAGCAGUUGCCAUACCAGGUGGUGAUGCAACCAGUCAGGAUGCUCUCAAUGGUGCAGCUGUAGAACAUUUUGAGUAUCUGAGGAUCCAUGCCAAAUCUUUUCAGUCUCCUGAGGGGGAAUAGACGUUGUCGUGCCCUCUUCACGACUGUCUUGGUGUGUUUGGACCAUGUUAGUUUGUUGGUGAUGUGGACACCAAGGAACUUGAAGCUCUCUACCUGCUCCACUACAGCCCCGUCGAUUAGAAUGGGGGUGUGCUCGGCCCUCCCAUUCCUGUAGUCCACGAUCAUCUCCUUUGUCUUGAUCAUGUUGAGGGAGAGUUUGUUGUCCUGGCACCACACUGCCAGGUCUCUGACCUCCUCCCUAUAGGCUGUCUCAUCGUUGUCAGUGAUCAGGCCUACCACUGUUGUGUCGUCAGCAAACUUAAUGAUGGUGUUGGAGUCGUGCUUGGCCACACAGUCGUGGGUAAACAGGGAGUACAGGAGGGGACUAAGCAAGCACCCCUGAGGGGCCCCCGUGUUGAGGAUCAGCGUGGCAGAAGUGUUGUAGCCUACCUUUACCACCUGGGGGUGGCCCGUCAGGAAGUCCAGGAUCCAGUUGCAGAGGGAGGUGUUUAGUCCCAGGGUCCUUAGCUUAGUGAUGAGCUUUGGUGUUAAACGCUGAGCUAUAGUCAAUGAACAGCAUCCUCCUGUAGGUGUUAUUUUGUCCAGGUGGGAAAGGGCAGUGUGGAGUGCAAUAGAGAUUGCGUCAUCUGUGGAUCUGUUAGGGCGGAAUGUGAAUUGGAGUGGGUCUAGGGUUUCUGGGAUGAUGGUGUUGAUGUGAGCCAUGACCAGCCUUUCAAAGCACUUCAUGACUACAGACGUAAGUGCUACGGGUCGGUAGUAAUUUAUGCAGGUUACCUUGGUGUUCUUGGGUACAGGGACUAUGGAGGUCUGCUUGAAACAUGUAGGUAUUACAGACUCGGUCAGGGACAGGUUGAAAAUGUCAGUGAAGACACUUGCCAAUUGGUCAGCACAUGCUCUGAGUACACGUCCUGGUAAUCCGUCUGGCCCUGCAGCCUUGUGAAUGUUGACCUGUUUAAAGCUUCCCCCCCUGUCUCCAUGUUCAGCCAGUCAGACACAGGCUUGUUGUUCUAAGGUGAUACUGUAACCUGUGGCUCCAUGUUAAUGCUUGUCCUCUCCCCUGUCUCCCAGCACCACCACAGCCACAGCCACAGUGAGGAGUACCAGACGGAGAGCAGCCGCGGCUCAGACCUGUCUGACAUCAUGGAGGAAGACGAGGAGGACCUGUACUCUGAGAUGCAGCUGGAGGAGGGCCGUCGACGCAGCAUCAACUCUCACAACACUCUCAAGGUACAGCACACAUAUAUACACCCCAUCUAGUGGUGGUCCAUGGGAGGUUGGGAGGCGAGUAGGGAGUGGGGUUGGGGUGAGAGGGAGGGAGGGAGGGAGGGCCAUCCUAUCUACUGUGGCCCCGGCUGCCCUCUCUCACUGUCUGGCUCUACAUGCAGGCCCACUGUGGCUUUGCCUGCUGAACGGUCCAUCCUGUUCUGAGCUGAACAGCACACUGCAUAUCAGCUUCAUCAUCCAGGUCUUAACUAACCCAUCUGAAUGGCUGUACUAUACACACCCAGCAUGGACUGGAUAAAGAGAGAUGAACACACUAUGUGUUGUCUUACUCAAUCAUGUUUAAAAUGAGCUUGGUGUUGAUAGAAACAUGGAAUGUUGUUUUGUCUCAAUAUGCAUUGCAUUUUAAUAUACAGUUUAAGAGCACAUAUUUUGUAAAAACUGUAUAAUUAGUAGGCCUACUGUUCAUGAAUACUCUGUUAAAAAUGUGUUGUAAAUGAAUAUGUCAAUGACCAAACAUUGACCUUUUAAAAUGUACUGUACCAUCAGCUAGAAGGGUCAUGGCAUAUCGAAUGCAAUGGGAAUCUCAUUUAAGUGAGUUUAGGCUACUUAAAUGGAAUAAUUCACUUUGGGUUGUGUCCGUGUCAUGUUGUACCUUUUGUGUUUCAGUUAUUAUCUUGAUGUUGAUGAUGGUUACCUUUGUGGAUGUGUGGACCUGUCUCCAUUGAGUAUGUUCAAGGGGCACAUGUGGAUGUGUGGCCAAUAAUCAUUAUGUAACAAGUUCUCCUGAGUGAAAUUAUUAUUAGUAGUGAAACAUAGGUUAUAUUUACUGUGUUGAUGAUAAACAAGAAGCUAAAUUGUAAUCUGUAUUCAUUGGGAGUGUUGAAAUGAAAGGUCCCCAGGUCACUUCCAAAGAAACAUGUUUACAGUCAUGCAAUGCUGUGAGAAUACUUGUUAAACUUUUAACUUAUCAAGUUGGUAAGAGUCAGCCAGAAAUGAUUCCUCACACUGUAUGAAUACUGUACAGUACUCAACAGAACUGUCUUUUUAGGUGUAUUGAUCUGCUGCAUCUGCCUAUGUUUUCCAUAGUACCUCAUCAUGUCACCAAUAAGUAUGUCUCAUUCAUGUUCUGUAUGUAUUUGCAUCUUUUUACUAUGUUCUGGAAAUGGUGUGUACUAUGCAGUAGUGCAUGCAAUCAUGGUCAAAUAUCAGAAGCAACACAGCUGAGAUUCAGUCGAUAGUCAUUAUUGAUGGAAAAUCUAAAUCUGUCAUAAGAACAGCCCUUGGGUCAUGUCUGAAAAUGUUAGAACAGACUGAGAUACUUUUUAAAUGUCUUAUUUUGCUUAUGCAAGUGCUUUGCUCAGUUUGCUGCCUUAUUCCUCUUGGUUAAUGUAUAUGCUGUAGGUCUUAUUCACUUGCCCAGGCUGUGCUUGGUGCAAUGUGUUUUAAGUAUUUUCUUUAUAAGUUCAUUCACUUAUAUGUUUUGUGUGUUUGUCACCUGUUUCAUUUAUCUGUGAGGAUUUCUCCCUUGGCAGAUUUUUUGCACCCUUUUGUAAUCUGUCCUGGCUAGCUAAAUCCUCCCCAAGACCCAUCCUCAGUGUGACUGUCUAUCACUCCCUUUGCUUUCGUCCCACAGAUUCCCGUUCAGAGCAUGCCAUUUCCCCCACCUCACGGAAUGACACUGCAUGCCUUACAUCUGGCCAUUCUGCCACAAAUAACUAAUUCUGUUCUUAUUUUGUCUUUUUUCCCAUUUAAUUUUUUAUUCACACACUGUGUUGUUUCCUGCCUGUUCUAACACCUUCAAAAACUAAAUUUUAAACAAAAUUCUUAAUUGAAAUGCCAAACCAAUCCACCCUGCGCUCCGCACCGUGGCUGGUCGUACAGGCAUAUUACAGGCGUCAGGACCUAGGGGAGGAGAGGGACUGCUGGGACCUACAGAGGGAGGUGGUGAGACAGAAGUCCCUGCGUAGUAAACGCCUCCACAGCAUCCCUGAGGUGGCAGAGGAUGAGCCUGACGGAGUGGAUGGGAUGGGCCAUCAUCAUCAGCGCCUGCGCUUUGACGACGAAGGCAGGCCUGGUACACCCCGCAUGCACCGCAGGGGCCCCCAUAUCUACCAACAGGACCCCCACCAGCACAACCACCUCUCCCCCAGCAAGAACCACUGUCGCCUGCUGCAGCCCCAGCACUCCUCUCCGAACUAUGGCUGUACUUUCGAGGAGCGCAGCCUGAACCGGCCCAGCCGCCAGACCACCAAGAGCCCUGACAGCGGCCUGGACUGUGGCAGCGAGGAGGAGGGCUCUUUGGGGUACCGGGGUUACCCCCACGGCAGCCCCAUGCGGGGUCCUGUCCACUACAUCCACUGUGAGGGGCCGGUAGAGCGACGGGCCCUGGCUGCAGGCAGGAAGAGGCAAUUGACACGGCAGUGCAGCAUGGAUGAGGACUACUGUGACAGCCCUAAGACGGGCCAUGUGUCUGACCUGAGGAACAGGGAGGUGCACUACGGGCCAGGCCGGGAGCGGGAGAGGGAGCCAGGGAACAGCCUCAGACGCUACCCCAGGGACGGAGCCCUGAGCGAGGGCAGGCUCCACCAGCUGGACAGGCCCUAUCAAAGGGACCUUAGGGCCAGCUAUGUGAACAGGCUCAACAGGGUCUCGGACCAGCCGCUGGUGUGUGUGACUCAGACUCUUACCUGCUGUACAUUCCAUCAGCAAGCAGUAAAACCAUACCUUUUUUCUUGGUGUUUUUUCUCUCUAUGGGUCUCCCACCUUUACAUUGAUUUAUUUUUGUUUUGUGCAAUAUUCUGGCAAGUUAUUAGUACAUGUUCAUGGUGAUUCUUAUUUGUAGUUUUUCAUGUGUGUAGUUUGCUCGUUCUUAGAACGUCCAGUGAGUUUUUAAGUGAAGCUUUUUUGAUUAUCUAAAGGCCAUUUCAGAAAGUUUUUGUUUCUGAUGUGUCUGAGGAGAAAGAUUCCUUUUAAAACAAAAUGACAGCUCAACCAUUAUAGUUUUCAUGGGGAUGCGCUAUCCCUAUUCUGCUCCGACUUCCCCCUCUCUCUACCAGCCAAUGGGUUUGAUAUGCAGCUCUGACAGACAUCUUGCCCAUCCUAUCCCACCUCUGACUUUACCCUGAUUGCGCUGCCUUCCACAGGGGGACCUCUAUUCCAGCAUGUUCUGCUUUUCAUUGCGCGUAAAGGCUGUAGUCCUUGACAGAUAAAGCCUUUCCUAGUGGGACCACAUUGAGGGUAGUCUCUCAUAGCCUUCAUUCCAUCUGCAUUAUGUUAGUGCUCUGCAGACAAUAUGCUCUCCCCUCUUCAUGCUCUCCCCUAAUAUUUUCAACAGAAUCUCCUCUCCUCCUCAUAUACUACACACAGCAGUGGUCAGCUUGUUGCUCGAUCCCCCUCCCCCCAUCUCUGUCCCAUAUAUCCUGUAUGACUAACUGGAUGAGAAGCCUUUGGGCCUCAGUCUCUCUCUCUCUUGUUUGGGCCCCAGGCUGAAGCCAUUAUGGUUGUCCUCAGCUAACUAUCCCUUUCUCCAUUCUAUUCUCUUUCCUCUACUCGCUCGCUCACGCAUUCUUCUCACCAAGGAGCUGACAUGCGCAGAACAAAAAAACAAAUGGUCUUUAGCUAAACAUAUGAUCCUGUUGUGGUGUCUGGGGUUGAUUUACUUUGGUUCUGUUGAUGUUUUUUUGGUUUGUUUGGUCUCUUUAUUUUAUGGGUUUAUUUAUGACCCUUAUUUUGCCUCCUUAAGGACAAAUGGAAGUGAUAUCAUUUGCUCUUAUGGUUUUGCGAUCCUUUUGAAUGGCUGAUUUGUUAUGUGAGAGAGGCAGUGUAAAAGGCAGUUUGUUUUAAUUUACGCUGUGUUUUUCUCUCCCUCUAAAGAUUAUAGGGAACUCCCCCUCCCAUGGGUGCUCCCAUGGCGACCGGCUAGACCAUUCAGGGAGGAGGCCGGUCCAUGGCGGCAACCCCCCACAGCGACGACCCAUGAUGGUUCCUUCCAUUGGUUAGUGUGGUCACCACAUGAUGGGAUGCCCCGUCCUCCCCUGCUGGGACUCUGGUGUUGUGUAUUUAUUAUUCAUUGUGUUGCCUUACCCUUGUGAGCUGAGCUGAACAUCUCUCCCAUAGACACAUGACCUUAAACAACCAUGUAGUCCUCUGUAGUGGUGGUGUGAUCCUACAGCUGUAGUUCUGACCAACCUCAUACCUCUUUAUGGUGUCUCUGACUGGCUUUUUAAAUGUGCAUAAGCCGUUAAGUGUGGUUCUAGGUCUAUAGACUUUAUAUACUGUGUGUAUAGAGGGCUCACCCUCUCUUACCCUUCCAUCUGUCUCACACAGUGCAAAGCAUUGCUGUUUUACAUUGAAGAACUCCAGAGUACAACCUGUUGCCUUAUCCCACCCCCUGUUCCCCAUGACCCCUCCCCCUCCAGCAGCAUGUCAAGCUAGGCAUGGGCCGGUCCGUGGAGUAGAGCAGUGUGUGUGGGUGGGGGGGUCCCUGACAGUAACGCUGUGAUCUGAUUGGUGUCUUCUGUAGAGAUCACAAUGAUGGAGAGUAACAGUGAGGGGAGUGAGGGAAACCUCUCACCUGGCAAGGAGGAUGUUUACUAUCAUGGCAGUGUAGCUCGGCGCAGGAUAUGGCAUGACGAUGGUAUGUGGCCCAGCUUCUCUCUAGAACAACAUAAAUAAACGGUGAAAAUUACAGUAAAGACAGUGUUAAGAACCUUACUUGAUAUUAGAAAGGAUUAGUAGUCUAAAGCUUAAGUGUGAAUUUUACACUAGGCUGCCGGGAAAGACAAGAUGGCCACUUUUUCUGUAGCUGAAGAAUGAGUGUCCCCUCCCCUCUCUUUAAAGCUCUCAGCAGCCUUAACCCCAGGCCUCCCUUGGAGACCCCUCUUUCUUCCUUCCCUCUCACCCAUCCCUUCUUUUCACCCUUCCUCUCCCCCUCCCAGGGCAUAUAGUCUCCCCCUGUUGACUGUUGAUUUUGCAUGACUGAUUGUUUACAGUACAGUGAGAAGGAAAACCAUUGGAUGAGUAAGUGCACUCAUGUCUUGUUGGUAUCACUCCAUUGCACCGUGAUGAAAUUGCUGUCAUCUAAACCAAACAUUGUAUCAUUAAAACAUAAUUUAACAGACAUGUUCCCUGAAUUGUGCUAUUGAAACGUGGUUUGUUUGGACAUGGAGCUCCAGGAAAUCCACUAGUGAAUGAAUAUCAGGUGGAUUCCUUUCCUUUCCCCUCACUGUCCCUGAUGCCGCCGAUGAGUCAGGUUUCUGCAUUUGAUGUUAUAAUUUAAUGCAGGAAUAUUCAUUUGCCCUUUUAGCUUAAUGCUGUAUUUCAAAUGUGAGCAUGGUUUCACCCCUCUUGUAUUGAUAUUGAAGCAUACUUCCUCAUUUUGAAGAGUGGAACGCAUGAAUGCCUGUUGCGCUCCGUGAGACAGUGAAGUAAAACAGCAAUGAACAGUCUGAGUCUGUUUCCCUCCAUUCUUUGUUAUGUGCAUGGUCAUGUAGUUCCACCUGCAUCCCAUGGCUUGGCUUGACAUGUGCUGGUGUCUCUCCUACUUUACCUCUGUCUAACUGUAUCUGUGAGUGUUAUAAAGGUACUUUGUUUGUCGUUUUGGUGUCUGUCCUACCAGCAUUCAGAGAUGCAUGAAAAAAGUAUGAAAAAUGUAUUCACUCACUAACUGUAAGUCACUCUGGAUAAGAGCGUCUGCUAAAUGACUAAAAUGUAAAAUGUAAAAAUGUAAAUGUGUGAAAAAACAGCCAAUCUGUGCUAUCUGUCAAUUAUAGAUAGCUUAGACUUUUUUUUUUUUUUUACUGUAAAAAUAGUUUAGUAAAUACUUACAUGUUCUAAUAAAUUCAGAAAUGUUGCUACAGUAUGUAAUUACAGUAGGGUCUUAUCAACACUUUUAGAGGCGUGCCCUUUGAGAGGAUGAUGGACACAAUAGUGCAGAAUGACCAUUCUAUCUUCAAACCUCUUUAAAUCCCCCUUGAAAUCUUGGGCUCUUUUUCACACACAUGUUUCAUGGCCCUCUCCCAUGUCUGUCAGCCAUGACAAAGUGACAUCUUCUCGUCCCGCUGCCCUCUACUCCGCUCUGCACCCCAGCCUAUCCUGUGCUGGGGGCUGGCAGUAGCAGGGCUGGCAGUAGCAGCAGUGCCUUCUGUGUUUCAGAUGGGUAUGGCGGGCAAGGCCGCGGGCAUGGCCGAGGGCGGCGCUCGCCAGAGUACUAUGAGGAGUCGGAGCCAGAGGACCUGGCGCGUAUAUUUGUGGCCCUGUUUGACUACGACCCUCUGUCCAUGUCCCCCAACCCUGAUGCUGCAGACGAGGAGCUGCCCUUCAAAGAGGGCCAGAUCAUCAAGGUGGGAGCCUGAUCCACACAGUGCUGUUGUCCAAUCUGCUUUACUCAUCCUAACAACAGAAGGGCCUAGUGUUGACUUACAUUCAUGGGUUAGAUGUAGUCGUGAAGCUGCUAUUAAAACAACUGUAGUGGUGGUGGCUGUUUUCUAUUUCUCCCCCCUGCUAACAUUGUUCUCUGUGCUGGUCAGGUGUUUGGGGAUAAGGACACGGAUGGGUUCUACAGGGCAGAGAUCCGUGACCGUCCGGGUCUGAUCCCCUGUAACAUGGUGUCAGAGAUCCAGACUGAGGAUGAUGAGAUGAUGGACCAGCUACUCAAACAGGGCUUCCUCCCACUCAACACUCCUGUAGAGAAAUUAGGUAGGGCAGCACCUGGACUCCCACUUUCUCUCUCAGUUUUUUUAUUUUCUCCACUACUCUUUCUUACUCUAAUUUGGGGCUGAUUUUCUCUUCCCUUCCUCUUUUCUUCUCUCGCUUGCUUUCUUUACACACUGAUGUAUAUUGCUGAUGGUACUCUCCUUUCUCUGUCUCUACAAUCGUUUCCCUCCUUCUUUUUCUUUUCUCUCUGCUUUCCCGUGAAGUGAACUGCAACCGCUUCAAAGAUGGCCGCUCAAUAAACCGCAGGUCCCGGAAAUCCAAGCGAGGUCUGUGUUCUCUUUAGAUGUACUCUUUCUGCACCAUCUUUUUUAUCUUCACGCUUUGCUUCUUCACCCAUUUCACCCAAUAGUAGAUUCUGGUAGACAGAAGGUGCUCAUUGGUAAAAGGGGUACAUUGGUCAUCAAAAGAAAGGAGGACCAAGGUACUCUUCAUAUAAUUAAUUAAAAUGCCUUUAUUUGUAUGGCAUGUUCAAUGGAAACAAAGUUUUUUUCCCUGACGAAGGCUGCAUGGCCUUCGUCAGGGAGUACAGGAAGGCCAUGCAGCCGAGACUUUGUUUCCAUUGAACAUGCCAUACAAAUAAAGGCAUUUUAAUUAAUUACAUGAAGAGUACCUUGGUCCUCAUUUCUUUUUGAUGGGUCUUUUCUGUCAGAAUUGUCUAGAACAUGCUCAUCUUCAGUAAAUCAAUGGGGGUGUUCAUUAUGGCUUUCACCUUCAUGUACCAUGUUCAUGCAGCCUUUGCCUAGUAUAGACGGUCAUUCAUGACAGAUCAGAAGGCAUUGCAUACUGUCAUUUUAGUGUGUGAUUUUACAACUGAGAUUAGUAAGGUGAUUAUCUCUAGUUUAGUGUUACUUGUCAUUCUUAUUGAUUGAUGACUUUCUGUGUGUCUCUGUCCAGAGAGGAACAGGCGGAGUGGUCGUCAGCACCCCUCGUCCACACAUAGAAUGGUGGCACUGUAUGACUAUGACCCCAGGGAGAGCUCCCCCAAUGUGGAUGUGGAGGUACUGCUAGAGUCAGGUGUAGAGGUAGUUCUACCCUGUUACUACUAACGAUGUACCUACUUGCCUUGCCAACAUUGCACCAAUACACCAGCCAGUCUUCCUCCCCAGAUUUACUCCCCAUCUUUACCAUUACCUGGUCCCCAUUAGUAGCUUAACCUUUUCCUGUUGUUCUUAUGGCCCUUCCCCCCUGGUUUCACUCACUCUCACCUUUCUAUUGGCACGGCCCCAGACACAGUAUGGGAGAGACAUGCUGAAUGAGGAGGUGAGUGAGAGGAGUGUCCGCUCUCUGUGUGUUUUCUCCCUGACUGUUGUUGGAGUGUUCAGAGGAGGUGCAACAGAGGUGGACACAUGGUGGAGGGGGCUACAGUAUACCCCUCUCAUGAACACAGCCCCUCACCAAUUGCCUGCACUGGCAUUCUUCCUCGGUUUGGUCUGUGUGUUGAGGCAUCUCCUACGUUUGGUUUGUGUAUUUUGGAGAGGCCUGGAAGAGUGGAUAGUAGAUAGUAGUAUGGUAUGCCUAUUGUCUGUGCUGCAAUCAAUGAUGUAUACAAACCUUGGAUUGCUGAUGCAAUGUAUUGGCCAUUGAGAGGCUUUGAAGCCACCGGUUGGCCAUAUAGGCACUCCCCAGUAGGAGCAGUCCUACAUAGGAAUGAAUGGAAUUCUACAGUAUUUCAAUUAAAUGUUUCAAGGACAAAAUUUUAUGUAUUUAAGUAAUUUAUUGUUGUAGUGGGGACAGUUACUAAAAAUAUAUAUAUAUAUUUUUAGCUCAUAUAAUAUCAUUUCAAAGUAUGUAUUAAGGUGUCUGUAAUAGAAUAAACGUGUAAAAAAUGAAUCUAGACAUUAAUAAAUGCAUUUAUAUAGCCUCCAAAAUAUUUUUUACAAUGGAUGAUGAGUACCAAGAUGGCUGUGUGGUGGCUUCAUUACAGCGCCCCCUGUCAGUCAUCCAGGGUUUAUACACAUCACUGGUUGCAAUCCUGUCUUCAAACUUCCAACACUUGAUGCAUUUUAUAGUUGCAACAGUCUGCCAAGAUUGUACUGACACUUCUAGAUUUACAAUGCAUCUCAGUGAUUGGAAUAGGAAGUACAGCAUUUCACACAAAUUAAACCCUAACAGUAUCCCACGUGCUUGGGUUAUAGAGAGAAUCUUCAACAGAUGCAAGCUGCUUUGUUGUAGAGAAAGCAGGUCAAACUUAACUCAAACCUGUUUUGACAGGCUGAACUGACAUUCUGUGCUGGUGAUGUCAUAACAGUUUUUGGUGAAAUUGAUGAAGAUGGGUUUCAUUAUGUAAGUAUGUGAGAUGUGACUUACACUUGAUAUAAAGUAGUUCAUAUUUCUUCAACCAGCUUUGUGCAAAUAAAAACAGUGAAAAUGACAGUGAUAGUAAUAGUAGCUGUAUGAUAAACAAUUUAAAUUGAUCAUAAUUUAAUAUACCUUUAGUCUAGUUCUCUAUAUUAUGGAAUCCAAUGUACAUUCUAUGCCAGUCACCCUGUGUUUGUGAUCCCUCAGGGCGAGCUCAAUGGACACAAAGGUCUUGUUCCCUCCAACUUUCUAGAAGAAGUGCCUCAUGAUGUUGAGGUUUUUCUCACUGACACUCCAUCUCGAGAUCCUCGAUAUCCUCAGGACGCUGCAGCGCGGAUAAAGACCAAAAGGGUACAUGCUCUCUCGCAGUACUAGCCCUCUUUUCCAUUCCCUUUACCUCCUUACUCUCCUUUAGUUUUCCGUCUGUGCUUGUGAGUGUUUCAUUCCUGAACAUAUGAUGGGAAUUCAGACUUUGGAACAUUAUGCUGUAAACGUUGUUGAUGUCUCAGAAAUAUAAAGAAAACUAUUAAUACUUGACAGAGGUACUUUUAUUUUUUAUGUUGACUGCCGUGGGGGGAGGUGGGGAAGGGGGAAACAUAUGCAUUGUAAAAUAUGUAGACAUAUUCAUAAAGCAUUCUCAAAGAGAAUAGACCGAAAGAAUAAAAGAAAAGCUGAAUUCUUGUCAUGUAAUGUCUUGAAAAAUAGCAGUCAACAACAUGCAAUGUUUUUUUUGCACAUGAAUAUUUAAGUAUUGUAAUAAAUGCUUUAUGAAUAUUACCUGUGUUUGAUCAGAAAUAGUUUUGAUGUACUGGAUGAAAGAUCUAGACUGUAGCACUGCAUGUUCUCUCUUUAAGAUGCAUGAAUUCCCUUUGAACCUUUUUAUAGUGAACAAUAAGUCUAGUACAGUAGAACUUUUGUAUUUGCGCCUGAAAGCCUUGUUUUUGUAUAUUGCUUACUUGUAAAAUAGCAUCAAGAAGCUUAUGUUCCUCUUUGAGAGUAUAAUUUCAAAAGUAAUUAUAAUACUAGCUGUAAAAUAAUGUUACAAUAAUAAUGUAUUUAACAAAUAAUUGCAAGUUAAUGUUUGAAUAUGAGCAGGUUUCAUCUUGAGUUUCUUGGUUGGUUUUAUAAUUUGUCAUUCUCAUAGUGCAGACUAUUGAAAUGCCAUCACUGCAUUUUUUAUUUUUUUCCUCACCCGCUUGGCAAAACAGAAGAAGAGUGUUCAUUUUACACCUUAAAGGCUCUGUUUCCAUCACGUAAGUGAGCAACUGAGGAUACCAAGGUUACGCAGCCCUCGUCUAAUGUAGAUGACAUGGGUUCCCCUUAGUUUCCGGUAUGCAACACACAUCUUUUAUGACCAUUAUUUUGGCAGUUUAUAUUUCAGUUAAUUCCUUUUCAAAUGGAUGUAAAUAUUUAUAGAAUACUAUGGUACACACCAGGAUGACACAUUUGACCCCAGUGUACAUGCUUUUAUUUGACGUGAGUUUAUUGUAAAAGCAUUCAGGUUGUUGUGUUACCUUAAGGACGACCACCCUAGCCAAUGCAUUAGACAAGAAGCAUGGUAUCUUCAGUUGUUUCUCUGGGUGUUGUACAUUACAAUGUCCGUCUCUCAAGAUAAGUCUCCUGCUGUAACUCAUGGUAAGCUAAAAGGCCAUUGUUGCACGCCUAGGUUGCCUCCCCGUAGUACUAGUGGUAACAUUCAAUCAGACUCUAUAACUAACGUUCUAAUAGAUAGAACCUCCCCUCUCCUUGAAGUAGUGCACCCUGCCACACUUAAUCUAAUCAAACUCUGCUAGAAACAAGCCAAUGGUAAUUAACUGUCUGCCAGACAGGCAACUCCUUCUUGUUGAGGUUUCCAAUCAAUCAGAUAAACAUUUAAUUGGCAUUACUUUACCCAUAUAUACCCAAGAUAGUGGUCUGCUCCACAUGCCCUUGUUAAGUUGUUAGUGGGGUGCACUUUUUCUCUCACAUAAGGAAUGAUGCGAAAUGGCAAAAAUAGCUACUAACAUUUUUUCCUCAUAGAAAGUGUCAUCAAUUAGAUUUCCAAACUGUAUUUUAAUUAACAUGAGAAAUGGAGAAUCACAUUUUAAAAAAUUAGUUUGUAUAAAUAUCUACGUUGCUUGUGAUCAGAUUUGUAAAUACAACUUUUUUUAAAGCAGGUUAAAUUGGUUCCAACAACCUUGAUGAAGUUACCUUGAUGAAAAGUGAUUAAUUGCUUCAAAAACUGGUAAAUUGAAACACUUAUCCCCUCUCUACGUAUGAUAAACUAUGAACGUUCAAUGUGCAGAAUAGUAUGACCCUCUUAUUGAUCUGGACAUGUCUAUAUGUAGCUAUAUCCUACAAUCUACUGUAUAUACUACAGUGCUAGACUAGUCUCAUGUUAAUGGGAUCUUAAGGAUACAUCUUUCCUAAGUGCAAUUGAAAAUAAGCCUUUUAGCUCAUGAUUACAAUGAAGGAAUAUUUAGAUAUUAGAUGUUUACUGUAACCCAGUUGUAUAUGAAUGCCCUUUAUAUUUAAAAAGAAAAUCUGCUGUCAUAUGUUGUCCCAUAAUGUUAAUACAAUAUUGUGUCUCUUGUUUUUGUGUGAAAGACAUGGCUUUUGCCAUUGAUAGCCAUUCUGGAGAAUCUCAGCAUAGAAAUAUGUGAUUGGUAAAGAGUAUGUGGACAUUCUUUGACAUUGAAGUCUUUAUAAUUUAAACCAGCUUGAUGAAAGACUGUACCUAAAUGGCAGUGGGGGAGGGGGGUAUACAGCACCUCAGUACACUAAAGAGACAAUAUCCUAACAUUCACAAGUUGAUAGACUGAUGAAGCCAAAGGUAUGGUGGCCCUGUUGAGACAGAAAGGACUGAGUGGAAGGGAGUAGUGACUGGGGUGCAAGAGGGCUGGCUUUUUAACCCCGCUGAACUGUCCCUUACGGGUCUCCCAUUAGGUUCCAUUGGAAAAAUCGGGUCCGCCCAGAAGAGCCACCUCCCCCACAGAGCGCCAACAGAUCCCUGGCUCUGCUACCGUGGGGCCUGGCAGUCCCAUCAGGGGCCCCCGCGACUUGUCCUCCAAAAAGAAAAAGGGACUGCUCUCCAAAGGGAAGAAACUAUUGAAAAGACUUGGCGCUGUAAAAUAA